CAUUUGAGCACUCACAAACUCAACAUGGGCUUCUUUCUCUUCCUUUUUCUCUCCCUUUCUCUCUUCAAACUCACUUCAGCCGCCUGUCACGCGGAUGAUCAAGCCGCUCUUUUGGCUUUCAAAUCGGGUAUAACCCAAGACCCAUCGGGUCUACUCACCACAUGGAAAUCGGGUACCGAUUGUUGCACUUGGGCGGGUGUAAAUUGCUUGGUCAACAACCGAGUCACAAGCAUUUCUCUUGUUGGCCAACCCGACAAACCCGACUCCUUCUUAACGGGUACAAUCUCAUCCAGCCUGGCCAAGCUCACAUAUCUAGACGGUAUUUAUCUCCAGAACCUCAGAAAUCUCUCGGGUAAGUUUCCGGGUUUUCUAUUCGGGUUACCCAAUUUAAAGUUCAUCUAUAUUGAAAACAACAAACUUUCGGGUCAAAUACCUGCAAAUAUUGGCAACUUGACCCAGCUCCAAGCACUGAGUCUGUCUGGCAAUCAGUUCACCGGGAUCAUACCGAGUUCGAUCGCCGCGUUGACUCAGUUAACUCAGCUGAAACUGGGUCAAAAUAUUCUCUCCGGUAAGAUUCCAGCCAAUAUUGGGAAGUUGAAGAACUUGACUCUACUGAGUCUCGACCAUAACCAACUCACUGGCCAAAUACCAAAUAUUUUUUCAUCUUUGACAAAUCUUAGAAUCCUAAGACUUUCUUUUAACAAGUUAUCAGGACAAAUUCCUUCUUCAAUAGCUUCCCUUGCACCAAAGCUUCAAUAUUUAGAGCUAGGCCACAAUGCACUUUCCGGGAAAAUCCCAGAUUUUCUCGGAAAAUUCCAGGCACUGGACACCCUGGAUCUUUCUAGGAACAAAUUUUCAGGAACCAUAGCAAAUAGCUUCGCAAACUUGACAAAAAUUUUCAAUCUCGACCUCUCAUACAAUUCUCUCACUGACCCAUUUCCAGUUAUGAAUGUUAAAGGAAUUGAAUCACUCGACCUCUCGUAUAACAACUUUCACCUCAAACAAAUUCCCAAAUGGGCCAUUUCGUCGCCUAUUAUCUACUCACUCAAGCUGGCAAAAUGUGGGCUUCAGCUGAACUUGAGCGAGUUUCAGCCCUCCGAAACUUACUUCUACGACUACAUUGACCUCUCUGAUAACGAAAUAGUGGGCAGUCCGGUAGGGUUGCUGAAUCGGACGGAUUAUCUGGUGGGGUUUUGGGCAUCGGGGAACAAGUUAAAGUUUGAUUUGGAGAGUUUGAGGAUUGUGAAGACAUUGAAGACGUUGGAUUUAUCGAGGAAUUUGGUAUACGGGAAGGUGCCGGAAGGUGUUUCAGGGCUUGAAAAGUUGAACGUAAGUUAUAAUCAUCUGUGUGGUCAGCUUCCGGCAAAUAAAUUUCCGGCCAGUGCUUUUAUUGGGAACGAUUGUCUUUGCGGAUCUCCAUUGCCGCCGUGCAAAUAAUGUAAGCUCAUUAACAAGUUUUUGUAGCUAGCUGCAUUAUACUUUUUGAGCAUGGGAACCGAAAGAAAGUAAAAGGGCUGUGGUGAGUUCGUUGAAUGAAUAAUAAUAAUUUUUUAUAAGGUAAAUUCAACCA